AUGAAGACUUCUGUCGGAGCCAUCGUUCUCCUUCUAUCAGCAUGGUCGCCUGGGGCCCUAGCCGAGAAAACGCUUCAGAGACAGCGCUCUGGUAGGGGAAUUGAGGACUAUGGUAUUCCUGAUAUCCUCGCUGACGCCAAGAUUUCAGGAGAAGAACAGGCGCUAUGGCAAAGGAUUUUGGAGGACACAGGCAUGAGUUUGCCUCCCACAGGCCCUCCCCGUCCAAAGCCAACUACUAGACCAACAAAGGCUCCAACAACGAAAGCACCAGUGCCACGCCCUACGGAUCCUCCUGUCACACCAGAAACACCACGUCCGACGCCAAAACCAACAGGUGCUCCCACGCCAAUGCCAACAAAGGCUCCGGUGCCCGAUCCAACACCCAAGCCCACACCCAAGCCCACACCCAUUCCAACGAAGCAGCCAACCCCAGCACCCACCACCCAACCUGUUCCUGAUCCAACACCAGAUCCGACACCAUUCCCAACCAAAAAACCCACCCCUAAUCCUACACCCAGGCCUACAAAAGCACCAACUAAAUCACCAACUAAAGCACCAGUGCCUGAUCCAACCCCAAAUCCUACCCCAAUUCCUACCAAAUCUCCAACACCAUUCCCCACAACGCAACCUGUGCCUGCCCCAACCCCAGUUCCGACGCCACUGCCAACUGUUCCCCCAACCAAAUCACCAACUAAAGCACCAACACCUGUACCAACUGCACCUCCCACGCCUGCUCCGGUCACACCAGCCCCCGUUACACCAGCCCCCGUUACACCAGCCCCCGUUACACCAGCCCCCGUUACACCGCCCCCGUUACACCGCCCCCGUUACACCGCCCCCGUUACACCUGCCCCCGUAACCCUGCCCCCGACACCUGCCCCCGUAAUCCUGCUCCGUAACUCCUGCUCCCGUCACACCUGCCCCUGUCACGCCUGCCCCGGUCCCUGUCACACCUGCCCGGUCCCUGCCACACCUGCCCCUGUCCCUGCCACACCUGCCCCAGUCCCUGCCACACCUGCUCCGGUCCCUGCCACACCUGCCCCUGUCCCUGCCACACCUGCCCCGGUCCCUGUCACACCUGCCCCGGUCCCUGCCACACCGGCUCCGGUCCCUGCAACACCCGCCCCGGUCCCUGCCACACCGGCUCCGGUCCCUGCCACACCUGCCCCGGUCCCUGCCACACCGCUCCGGUCCCUGCCACACCUGCCCCGGCCCUGCCACACCGCCCCGGUCCCUGUCACACCUGCUCCGGUCCCUGCCACAGCUCCCCCAGGAAAUGAUGUUAGAGCUAUUGUUCAACCUGUUGCACUUCAAGGAGGUGCUGAAUGGGAAAACCCUGAAAACUACCAGGCAAAAGCUAUCACAUGGCUUGAAACUGAUGCCUUCUCAGCAACUCUAUCGGAUGCCCGGAUUCAACAAAGGUAUGCUCUGGCCUGCAUCUACUAUGCUACCUAUGCAGUUAGAACAGUCUAUACUGUAGUGGAACCGCGGGGAUGGAUUGAUUCAACUGGCUGGAUCACUGAUGUGGAUGAGUGCACUUGGUUUGGGCUCACAUGUAAUGCCAACUCGGAGGUUGAAAAGAUUGUGUUGGCUUCCAAUCGCAUCACAGGAACAUUCCCUGCAGAGACCACAAUCAUGGCAUCAUCCAUCAAUCGCAUUGACCUGUUUAGGAAUUCUGUCUACAACAGUGGGGAUGAGGGUAAUGCAUGGCUAGGGCAGCUUACAAACCUGAGAGAACUUUUCUAUGGGCAGACAAACUUUGAGUACAAUGGAGUUCCUCCUCAGAUUGCUCAGCUGACCAACCUAGUGGAAUUUGAUUGUUCCUUCACGCUAUACUUUGGUCCCCUUCUUGGCUCCACUUUUGCACCACUUCAAAGCCUUGAAUACCUUGUGCUGAGUGGAAAUGCUUAUAACACUUCCAUCCCUGUUGAAAUUGGCAAUCUUCCAAAUCUUCAGUUCCUUUACGUGCAGAAUGCAUUUGUAGAUGGUGACUUGUCAUUCAUGGAACCAAUGCAAUCGAUUGUGGAAUGCUGGGUUGACCAGAAUCCAGGCUUGGGCGGGACUAUUCCAACAACCAUGGGCAAUGUUCAAUCACUCCAGAGUUGGUCAAUAACCAGGUGUGGAUUCAAUGGCCCUAUCCCUUCAGAGCUAGGAAAUCUGAGGAACAUGGUGCGAAUGUGGCUUUAUGAUAACAUGUUUACAGGAACUGUUCCAAUUGAACUGGGAAAUUUGUUCAAGCUGCAGACUUUGGAGCUGGAAGAGAACCUUCUUACUGGAGUGAUGCCGGAAGACAUAUGUCUGAACCGAAAUCCACUUGGUUUGCUUCAAGUGUUGGAGGCUGACUGUGGUGGAGCCGUUCCAGAAAUUCAAUGUGAUUGUUGCACGUGCUGUGAAAAUUGCCUCCCAGCACUUGGAAGACUUCAAUCGAUGAGCCGAAUGAACGUACCGGAGUCACUAUUGGACUAUGAAAUGGCCACUGAACCAUAG